UUUUUUUUUUUUCCCUGCGGAGAUCCUACUUGGGGUUGGGAAACUCCUGCAAAACUCGAGACCCGGAAACCAGUUCGCCUCCCAACCCCCACCAAAGCAACAUACUCUUCCUACUGCGGGAGGCCACUCCACAUCCGCUCUCACCGGAGAGAUUCGGUAGGAUCCAAAGUGACUCUUGAAGGAGAGGAAAUCAUGUCAGGCGAAGCCUUGAAAAAGCUGCCUUGAGACACCACUGCCCGACCGAAAGAAUGUUGGCUCAAUUAAGAAACAUCAUAGAGAUAAAUUCAACCCAGAGUGUUUAAAAAUGACUACAAAACGAAGUUUGUUUGUGCGGCUGGUACCAUGUCGUUGUCUACGAGGGGAAGAGGAGACAGUAACUACUCUGGAUUAUUCUCAUUGCAGUUUAGAACAGGUUCCCAAAGAGAUUUUUGCUUAUGAAAAAACCUUGGAGGAGCUCUAUUUAGAUGCUAAUCAGAUCGAAGAGCUUCCAAAGCAACUUUUUAACUGUCAGUCUCUACACAAAUUGAGUUUGCCAGACAAUGAUUUAACAACAUUACCUGCAUCCAUUGCAAAUCUCAUUAAUCUCAGGGAACUGGAUGUCAGCAAGAAUGGAAUACAAGAGUUUCCAGAAAACAUAAAAAAUUGUAAAGUUUUGACAGUUGUGGAGGCCAGUGUCAACCCUAUUUCCAAGCUUCCUGAUGGAUUUUCUCAGCUAUUAAACCUAACGCAGUUAUAUUUGAAUGAUGCUUUCCUUGAGUUCUUGCCAGCUAAUUUUGGCAGGCUAACUAAACUCCAAAUAUUAGAACUUAGAGAAAAUCAGUUGAAAAUGUUGCCAAAAACCAUGAAUAGAUUGACCCAGCUUGAAAGACUGGAUUUGGGAAGUAAUGAAUUCACAGAAGUGCCUGAAGUACUUGAGCAACUAAGUGGAUUAAAAGAAUUUUGGAUGGAUGGUAACAGACUGACUUUUAUUCCAGGAUUUAUUGGUAGUUUGAAACAGCUCACAUAUUUAGAUGUUUCUAAAAAUAAUAUUGAAAUGGUGGAAGAAGGAAUUUCAGCAUGUGAAAAUCUUCAGGACCUCCUGUUAUCAAGCAAUUCACUGCAACAACUGCCUGAGACUAUUGGUUCAUUGAAGAAGAUAACAACUCUUAAAAUAGAUGAAAACCAAUUAAUGUAUCUACCAGAAUCUAUAGGAGGGUUGACAUCAAUAGAAGAACUGGACUGUAGUUUCAAUGAAAUUGAAGCUUUGCCUUCAUCUAUUGGGCAGCUUACUAAUAUAAGAACUUUUGCUGCAGAUCAUAAUUUUUUACAACAGUUACCACCGGAGAUUGGAAGUUGGAAAAAUAUAACUGUGCUAUUUCUUCAUUCUAAUAAACUUGAGAUACUUCCAGAGGAAAUGGGUGAUAUGCAAAAAUUAAAAGUCAUCAAUUUAAGUGAUAAUAGAUUAAAGAAUUUGCCCUUUAGCUUUACAAAGCUGCAGCAAUUGACAGCUAUGUGGCUCUCAGAUAAUCAGUCCAAACCCCUGAUACCUCUUCAAAAAGAGACUGAUUCAGAGACUCAGAAAAUGGUGCUUACUAACUACAUGUUCCCUCAGCAGCCAAGGACUGAGGAUGUUAUGUUUAUAUCAGAUAAUGAAAGUUUUAAUCCUUCAUUGUGGGAGGAACAGAGGAAACAGCGAGCUCAAGUGGCAUUUGAAUGUGAUGAAGACAAGGAUGAAAGGGAGGCACCUCCCAGGGAAGGAAAUUUGAAGAGAUACCCAACACCGUACCCAGAUGAGCUUAAGAAUAUGGUCAAAACAGUUCAAACCAUUGUACAUAGAUUAAAAGAUGAAGAAACCAGUGAAGACUCUGGAAAAGAUUUGAAAUCACAUGAAGAUCAGCAAGUUGUAAAUAAAGAUGUGGGCGUGAAGACUUCAGAAAGUACUACUCCAGUAAAAAGUAAACCUGAUGAAAGAGAGAAAUAUAUGAUAGGGAACUCUAUACAGAUGAUCAAUGAACUUGAAGCUGAGAUCAAUCCUGUGAAUCUGCCAGUGACUGCACAUGUGAAAGUCUCUGACAACUUGAAGCAUAUUGUUAACCAUGGUGAUGUUUUUGAGGAAUCUGAAGAACUAUCUUCUGAUGAAGAGAUGAAAAUGGCAGAGAUGCGACCACCAUUAAUUGAAACCUCUAUUAACCAACCAAAAGUGGUAGCACUUAGUAAUAACAGAAAAGAUGAUACAAAGGACACAGAUUCUUUAUCAGAUGAAGCUACACACAAUAGCAAUCAGAAUAACAGCAAUUGCUCUUCUCCAUCUCGGAUGUCUGAUUCAGUAUCUCUUAAUACUGAUAGUAGCCAAGACACCUCACUCUGCUCUCCAGUGAAAGAAACUCGUAUUGGUAUUGAUUCCAAAAUCAGGCAAGAAGAUGAAAAUUUUAAUAGCCUCUUGCAAAAUGGAGAUAUUUUAAACAAUUCAACAGAAGAAAAAUCCAAGAUCCAUAGUAACAAAGAUUUUAACCUUCCUGAAUAUGAUUUGAAUAUUGAAGAGCAAUUAGUUCUAAUUGAGAAAGGUGUGGACUCAACAGCCACAUCUGAUGAAUCUCACAAAUUAGACCAUAUAAAUAUGAAUUUUAAUAAACUUGUAACUGAUGAUACAUUUCAACCAGAGAUAGUGGAAAGAUCAAAGACACAGGACAUAGUGCUUGGAAUGGGCUUUUUAAACACAAAUGCUAAAGGAGAAGCUGAGCACUUGGAAAAUGGAAACAAAUAUCCUAACCUGGAAACCAUAAAUAAAGUAAAUGGACAUUCUGAGGAAACUCCACAAUCUCCUAGGAGGACUGAACCAUUUGAUAUUGAGUCUUCUAUUGACAUGGGUAUUUCUAAAAGCACUGAAGAUCUCUCCCCUCAGAGAAGUGGGCCAAUUGGGUCUGUUGUAAAAUCUCAUAGCAUAACUAAUAUGGAGACUGGAAAACUAAAAAUCUAUGACAUUCUUAGUGAUAAUGGACCUCAGCAGCCAAGUGCAACAGUUAAAAUAACAUCUACUGUUGAUGGAAAAAAUAUAGUCAGGAGCAAGUCAGCCACAGUUUUGUAUGAUCAACCACUACAAGUAUUUACAGGUUCUUCUUCAUCUUCUGAUUUAGUAUCAGGUACAAAUACAAAGGUGAUUUUCAAGUUUGAUUCAAAUCAUAAUCCUGAAGAGCCAAAUAUAAGAGGCCCCACCACAUGUGGUCCACAAUCUACACCUCAGAUAUAUGGUCCUCUGCAAUAUAAUGUCCAGUAUAGUAGUUGUAACAGCAGUACUGCAGCCAAAGAUACUUUGUGGCAUGCCAAACAGAAUCUCCAAAUAGAUCAUGUCAGUUUUCCUCCUCAGCGCCUUCCUAGAUCAGAGAGCAUAGAAAGCCACAAUUAUGCUAAACAUUCUGCAAAUAUGAAUUUCUCUAAUCAUAAUAAUGUUCGAGCUAAUACUUCAUACCAUUUACAUCAGAGAUUUGGCCCAGCAAGACAUGGGGAUGUGUGGGCUCUUUCACCAAAUGACCGACUCAAUCCUGGAGUAACUCGAUCUACAAUUCAGCGACAAAGUAGUGUGUCCUCUACAGCCUCAGUAAAUCUUGGAGAUGCAGGCCCCACAAGGCGGGCCCAAAUUCCUGAAGGAGAUUAUUUAUCGUACAGGGAGUUACAUUCAAUGGGAAGAACUCCACCAGUGUUGUCUGGAUCACAGAGACCUCUUUCUGCACGAACAUACAGCAUUGAUGGUCCAAAUGCACCACGGCCUCAGAGUGCCCGACCCUCUGUAACUGAAAUACCAGAGAGAACUAUGUCAGUUAGUGAUUUCAAUUAUUCACGGACAAGUCCUUCAAAAAGACCAAAUGCAAGGGUUGGUUCUGAGCAUUCUUUAUUAGAUCCUCCAGGAAAAAGUAAAGUCCCUCAUGAUUGGCGAGAACAAGUACUACGACACAUUGAGGCCAAAAAGUUGGAAAAGAACAUGCUGUCAAGGUCCUUUAAUUCCAAUUUCACUGCUGUAAGCAGCUUUCACUAUGGCAGCUCUAGGGAUCUACAUGGCAGCCAGGGCAGUCUUGCCUUGAGUACUGCAGAUGGAAGAGGUUCUGGUGGGCACAUUCUUCGAAUGCCUUUGAGUAAUGGACAGAUGGGUCAGCCUCUCAGGCCUCAGGCAAAUUAUAGUCAAAUACAUCACCCCCCUCCUCAGGCAUCUGUGGCAAGGCAUCCCUCUAGAGAACAACUAAUUGAUUACUUGAUGCUGAAAGUGGCCCACCCGCCUCCAUACACACAGCCCCAUUGUUCUCCUAGACAAGGUCAUGAACUGGCAAAGCAAGAGAUUCGUGUGAGGGUUGAAAAGGAUCCAGAACUUGGAUUUAGCAUAUCAGGAGGUGUUGGGGGUAGAGGAAACCCAUUCAGACCUGAUGAUGAUGGUAUAUUUGUAACAAGGGUACAGCCUGAAGGACCAGCAUCAAAAUUAUUGCAACCAGGUGAUAAAAUUAUUCAGGCUAAUGGCUACAGUUUUAUCAAUAUUGAACAUGGACAAGCAGUGUCCUUGCUCAAAACUUUCCAGAACACAGUAGAACUCUUCAUUGUACGAGAGGUUUCCUCAUAAGCACUGUGGACAAAAAUGGGGAAAGACAGCAAGAUUGAUUAGAAGACACUUGCAGGGGAAUUUAAGAUUUUGAUUAUUUUUAUAUAUAAAGAACUAAAAAAAACUAUGUUGGAAUUUGUACAUUAAUGGAAUAAUGGAACUUGUGGUUAGAGGGAAAGAACCACUGUACAGAAUAUAGAGGGGACUGUUUUGUUCAUACCAUAAAGCUCUGGUAGGUUUUUAAACAUAGCAAUCAAGGCUACAAAACAAACCUGUGUUGUUUUUGUAUGGAUUGUAGGUUUAUUUUUGGAUUUUGUACACAUGACUGAACUCUGCAAAGCUAUAUUUAGCCUUGAUUGUAGCCUAGAGACAGAUGGCAAAGCUAUCUAUCUCAUAGCUUUUAUGCCCUUAUUUUUAUUCAACUGGUAUUAAUAUUUUUCUGCUGAAACUACUUUUUUUUUUUUAAUGUGGGCAAGAGAUUUGAAUUGUUGGCUUUUGCUAUGUGCACAUUGAUUUGAAGAAUGAGUACGUGAAGGUGGUGCUGGUGGGUUCACUUUCCAAGGCCAGAUUAAUACAUUAUUUCCUACAAAAAUCUGGAAGCAGAGAAUGAAAAGAACAGUUAUCAGUUGGUGUGUUUUUAUUAAUAGAAUAAUGCAAUAAAAAAUGUUAUGUGUUUUUAAAUAAAAAAAGACAAUAAUUGCAUAUUAUGAGCUCUACAGGAUCUGUUUUUUGUCAUAGGCACUGAUUAUACAUUUGCUACUCGUGAUUCGAUUUUUAAUUUUUUAGACACGGGAAAUUUUUAACUAUACUGUAGAUGCAUGUCCAUGCAUUUUUCUGUGCCAUGGAAAUCCCCUGAUUUUUUUGCAAAUGGUGGUACUGCAAUUUGUUUUUUAAUUAGUACUCCAUUUUGAUGUGAUUUAUAAUUUUAUUUUUAAGCAUCAAAUGAAACUAAAAUGGCCAGUUUUAAGAUGCGUUGCCUGUAACACAAAAUGUAAGAAGAGUUAGGAGAGCCUCUUGAUUUUGUUUGGACUUGCAUUGCCUUGGUAAAGUAAAAGGAAACAGUAUGCAUGGAGCUAGGAAACCAAAGCAAGUUUGUGAAAUUGGCAUAGUGAUAGAGAAUUGCUGUGGAGAGCUACAGAGCAAAGGGAUGGGUUCUUGAGGCCUACCAGUAUGUAAAGUUGUUCAAAUAAAGGGCUGUUCCUACAGGUAACAUUAAAUGUGAACUCGACACUUCAGAGUCAUUAAAGGGUUUCUGAGUAUAUCAGUGUAAUAAUGUUUUACCAACUGCCUUUGUUCCUAAUUACUAUAACAGAUGUUUGAUGAUAGGUUUAUUAAUGUUGUUUAUCCAAACCAUUAAUUUUAUUUGUUUUUGUUCUAUGUAAUCAAAUAAAAUUUGAGUAACAUGCAGUGGUAAGAAUUAAUGCAUGGUUAUUUGGACCAGAAAAAAGUGCCAUAGAAGACCAAUAACUGUUUUGAGUUGAGGUUAGUCUGGAGUUUUUUAUUAAAGCAAUUAUUUGGUUGUUGCAAUUCAUUUCUAAUGACUAGGAAAUAUAAUUUGGGAACUUUUAAACUGUUACACUUUGUCAACCUGUAUUUAAUUAAGAUUUUUAUAGGACUAGCAAAAAUACCAGCCUAUAUUAUUUUUGCAAAAGUGAGUUGGAUUCAUUCCUUUCUUGCUACUCAGAGUAAAUAGGCAGUACUUUUUAAAAUAUGUGAACUCAAAUAUUGCACUUCUUUCAACAUGUUAUCAAUUGCUUAUUGUACUGUAUAAUUUUAAUAAUUUCAAUUGAAACCCUUUAAAAACUCUUUGUAAAUUUUAACUCAUUUUAGCUGGUUUUCAGUACUAUUUACAUAGGAAUUGACUUUUAUGGAUAUAGUAGAAGAUGUGUGCCGUAUUUUGAUAAAAUUCACUUACUAUGUGUGUGUUAAAAUCUCUAAAGAAAAGAAUGACAGCUUAAGACAAAGCCUCAUUGUUCCAUUUAUUCUUAGUUUAUCUAAAAAUAUUACUGUAAAAUUACAUUCUUUUUUACUAUUUUUGACCAAUUUUCAUAAUCCCAUUCUGCCUUUGAUAGGGAAUACAUAAAACAGUUAUAAUUGUGAAGUUUUCAGCUAUUUUCAGCUACUCACUAAGAUACACAGACUAUAAUUUUGGAAAAGAAAAUAAACCCCAAAGAACAAUUGAAUUUUUUUAAUGAUCUAACCUUAAAUUAAUGGUCUGAAUAUUAUAUUGAAAUAUUAACAAAUGCAACAAGUGUUACAUGCACUGAUAGUUUACUUCACUUCAGUUACUUAAAAAAAUGUUUAAUGUUCUUGCAACACAUAAAAUUG